UUUGAUACAAAUCGCGUUAAACCUCUUUGGGAGCUGAGAGGAAUGGCCUAUGAUUAAGUUGAUUUCCGUCGCUUCGACCGUCAUGAUCCAAAAAUAUUGCAUUUGCAAGACAACAGUGCACUCACCUGGAAGCGAAAUGUUCUUACGUCACGUCAGGGCGAAUGAUAUCGUAACCAAAUCAAAACAUUUGUCAUAUGUGAUCUGCUGUAAUUCUCAAGUAUUUGUCCUGCUAGGACAAUAGACUGGGCUUUCUGCGACUAUUCACUAUUAAUAUCCAGACAUGUCAAAGAGCAUUGUUGCAACUUCACGGCUUCAACAAGACUAUGUUAGACUGAAGAAAGAUCCAGUUCCAUAUAUUGUGGCAGAACCCUUGCCCAGUAACAUUUGCGAAUGGCAUUAUGUAGUACUAGGACCCGAAGGGACACCUUAUGUUGGUGGUCUCUACCAUGGCAAAUUGGUAUUUCCUCGAGAGUUUCCGUUCAAACCACCUAGUAUAUACAUGAUUACCCCCAGUGGAAGAUUUAAGACAAAUACUCGUCUCUGCUUGUCAAUAAGUGAUUAUCAUCCCGACACCUGGAAUCCUGCUUGGAGUGUUUCCACGAUCCUCACUGGACUGCUGAGUUUUAUGGUGGAAAAUACACCAACAUUGGGUAGCCUUGAAACUUCUGAAAUUGAAAAGCAGCAAUUAGCUCACCGUAGUUUGGAAUUCAAUAUCAAUGACAGCAUUUUUUGUGAUCUUUUCCCAGAUUUAGCCAAUAAUGUACGAGCUGAAUUGGCCAGACGAGCAGAACUUGAACUUGAACUACGCAAUGUUGAAGCUGAAUCAGAAAAUAAUGACGGAUCAAGUACCCUAAUUGAUAACAACCAUGGGGGUGCAGGUGGCCAGUCUGCACUUCACAGUGCUAUGAGCAAUCUGUUUGUUUUUGUAGGAUUUGCUGCUUUUGCAUAUAUUGUUAAGUAUGUUGUGAAAGGUCUCAAAACUGAAUAGUUAUAUCUGUAUAUCUUCUUUCAUCAACCCAUCCCCUCUGUGAUUACUGUGUCGUGGUGAAGGGCAAUUUUGUUGCCGUUUUCUUCAUAUGAUAGGAAGGUGAGCAACGUUAGUAUGAUUCUACAUGAAGAGAGUUAAAGUCAUCGAUGUAUUAUCACUAAUUUAUCAGCCUUCCCUGUACCUUGGAUCCUUUUUUUUUUUUUUUUUUUUUUUAAGUAGAAUCAUUUAUGACAGUAUUUAAAUGAGAGUGGAAUCAAGUUCAGGUUUUCACUUACUCCAAUAUGUAAUAAGCAUCAGACGAAAACAUCUUUUUUUUUUGUUUUGUUCCAUGUACUUUUUGUCUGAGAUGUUUCUCCCUCAUUGAAAGGAGGCAAUCAUGCAUGUGUCUGUGGUUUAGCAAAUACCUUCUUUUUUGCCAGUAACUUUUCAUGCAGUAGUAAUAAUUACUUACAAAGUUAGUAUAGAGUGAUGCAUCUUAAAUUGAUUCUUGUCUUUCUCCCAUUGAUUAUAUUGAUAAACCCUGUAACAUUCCAAGGCAUUUUUACACAAAAAAAAUAUAUGUGGUUUUCUUUCUCUUUCCUUUAAGUGACUGGCUGCACAGAGACCUCUUACCUGCCAUUGUUCCUUUUGAGCUUUGUUUUAUUAAACUGUUGUAUUCCAUUUCAGUUAGUGCUGCAUACAGCCAAAAAAAUCAUCAGACAAAAGCAAUGAAAUUCAGUUUUCAUAUUUCUCUCGAAGGUUUUUUUUUUGUGUGAUUGUGUGUAAAUAUAAAUAAUAUUAAUAUUACAUAUAUAUUUUAUUUCUAGUACCCACUGGCAUGCAUUGCCUUUCUAAAGAAUUUUAAGAAAUAACUAUUGAGUGUGUUGUAUAGUUAAUUUUGUUAAUGCCUGUGAUUUGAUUGGAUGUGUGAUAUGUUCGUGGAUGUUUGAUUUACUUCUUUAAAUGUAUGUAAUUUUUUCCUCCUAAGAAGUUAAAGUGAGUGAAUAUCCCUACUCUGUAAUAUUUAAACUGUUGUGUAUAAUAACAUUAGUUAUUGGAUAAAGGGAUCAGUUGUCAAUGGUACAAUGUUUUGUUCUUGUCCAACUUCCAUAUUGUUGGGAGACAAUAUUUACAAUUCAUCUUAGGUAAGUGUAGUGGGAAUGAUGCCAUAAGUUGUGGUUUAAACCAUUUUUUUCUCGCAUUUCCUCUAGUCAGAUAAUAAAAGGAUGCAAAUUUAUUCUGAAAAUUCAGUUGUAUGUUGUCUUCCCACAAUAAAUCAAAACCUUCAAAGUU